GCGAAUCAGCAAUUUAAAAAAUAUUUUUCUAUUAAAAAUAAUAAUAUUUAUUUUAAAUAAAUUCCCAAAUAUGGGAAAUAAAAGGUUGUUAGAAAAUAAUGAUUGGCCUACUUUAUAUUAUUCUACAACUAAUAUGUCAACAAAAUUAGAACAACAAUGCAACAAUAAUAUAGUAGAGGAAAGGGCGAAUAAUAGAAAUAAUUUAUUUAAAAAAUUUAAGAGUUUAUUCCCACCAAAACUUCAAAAACAAAAUUUAAUAUUUAUUUUAUUUAUUUAUUUAAUUUUCCUUGCCCAAUUAAUUUCUUGUUACUCAAUGACUGUUAAUCGACGACAUUUAAGACGUGCCAUAGAAUAUCAACAAAAUAAUAAUCCUAUUCCUCGUUAUCAAUGCCCCAAUGGGUAA